UGUCUGGCUGUGGUUGAGUGUGGACGUCGCGUCGAACCCUCCCCGUUUUGAGAAAUUUACCUCCCCCCAAAAAAAUUUUCUCGUUUCGUGUUUUAAAUUUAUUAUUUUGUUUAUUUCCGUGUUAUUCAUCGUUGUUAUUGUUGUGGCCUUUUUUGUUUUAUUUAUUAAUUUAUGCUUGUGGCUAUGGUAGGAGUGGACAUAAUCACUUGCCUUACGACCAAUGAGUCUUUUAUAUACGAAUUUGACUUAUCCAAUUUUGCGAAUGAUUACGAUACUUAUAUUGCGAACGAAAGGAAUGUGGUAACGUCGACGAUAUCACUAGAUGAGCGGAAAGAGGAGCCGCUCGUUCAAAUGUGCCGUUCAUCAGAGAGAUCGUCAGGUAGCCUCUGAGAACGACUUCCAUCUUCUCCUUCACGAGCCUCCUAUAUUUAACAAAAUGGUGCGUCUGAUCGCCGAUGAGUUUCUUACGGAGGAGCGAGACCGGAAGUAUUACGCCGAUCACUACAAGUGUUGGCCACCCCCGCUUUUCGUCAUCUCUGUCACACUAAUACAGUUGUGUGUGUUCGCCUACUACACAGUAAUCACUGGCGAGAUGAACGUAGCCGGCCCCGUGCCGUUCGAUUCGCCAUUCAUAUACAGGCCAGACAAGAGACACCACGUGUGGAGAUUUAUAUUCUACGCCUUCCUGCACGCUGGGUGGGUCCUGGCGUUCAACCUGCUGGUGCAGAUGCUGGUGGGUCUGCCCCUCGAAAUGGUGCACGGUUCCGCCCGUAUCGGCACCGUGUACCUGGCAGGAGUGCUGGCUGGUUCCUUAGGGACGUCGGUGUUCGACGCCAACGUCUACCUCGUGGGGGCAUCGGGGGGCGUCUAUGCCCUGCUGGCUGCCCAUCUCGCCAACGUACUUAUCAACUACAACAACAUGCAGUUUGGCAUCCUAAGACUCAUUGGUGUUUUCUUCGUCGCGAGCGCCGACGUGGGCUUCGCCAUCUACGAUCGGUAUGCCCACGAGACGGUGGGCCUACCCGUGUCCUACGUGGCCCACCUGACGGGAGCGUUAGCGGGGCUCACGCUCGGUCUAGUCGUCCUCAAGAACUUCGAGCAGCGCCUGCACGAGCAGCUGCUGUGGUGGGUGGCACUCGGGGUGUACGCCGCGUGCACGCUCUUCGCCGUGCUGUUCAACCUCUUUCAUCCUUACCCGUACGUGGGAGUGGCGCAGGGACUUCUGCUGUAGUCAUGGCCGAGUCCUCGAAGAAGAAAAAAAUCAUAAUUUAACGCGUCUUAAUAUACUCCUUCGUCUUCUUCGCCUUCCUUCCUUCUAUCCGCCACGUCGAAGGAGCAGGAGGAGAGGAGGAGGAGGAGGAAAAAUAUUAUAUAUAUAAAGAAGAGUUAUAAAUUAUAUAUAUAUUAUCGUCGUAUUUAUAAGGAUGAGAUUAUUAUUACAAAAGUGAAAUAAGAAGAAGUUGAUAAACUCACGAAGGUUGUUCCCCGAGUGUUGCUGGGUGGGUUGUGGCUACCUCAACUUUGCAGAUUACAAGACAGGAAACUGGAAAAAAUAUAUGAAGUGACUUUUUAAAUCUAAUUUAUAUGUGCGCUAUGCUAAUGCUGCUAAUGUUAUAACUAUUAAUCUACUACUACUAUUACUAUACAGGUCUUCAUGAAACUAAGGAGACCCACUUUUUUGAAAUAUUUAAAAUGAGUGUCUUUACAAGUGCGAGACUUUUUUUUUUUUAAAUAAUACUCUUUAUUAUGAAGAAAGAGGUGCUACUCCAGUUAUAUGCACCCCCCUCCCCCCGUUUCCCACACCCCAACCCACCCACCCCCCCAACCCCGCUAACCCCACUCUUAUAGGUGCUGUGACCGAAGCCAAAGUUUUGACCGCUCAUAUACUGGUGAAAUGAAACUAGUGUUAGGACCUUAUUAAAUAAAUAAAUAUAAUAAUUUAAAUAUUAAUCAAAGGUAACAUGGAAAAUAAACCUUACGUUUUUUUAUUAUUAAUUAAUUAACUCAAGAGAGAGAGAGAGAGAGAGAGAGAGAGAGAUUGUUAUUUAUUAGUGUCAAAAUAUUGAUAAUGGUAAAGAGAUCCUCUUUUGUACAGUAUCAUGUCUCGAAUUAUGAUUAUUAUUUUUAUCAUUAUUAUUAUUAUUAUAUUCCAUUGCUUGUUUAUUAUAUAUAUAUACCUAGUCAAACAUUUCCAAAGGAAGCUUUUUCCACUCUACCUCUCAUAUUUUUUUUCUUAAAUAUGUAAAAUGAUAAAAAAAAAUAAUUGAAAUGGCAGCUGUGGGCUUGGGUUUUUUUUAUGAUAACCUAAAGCUGCUUCAUCACUGCUCUAGUCUUAUAUAUAUAUAUUUCUAGCGAAGAGGUUGGAAUUUUAUUAAUUAAAAUAAAAGGUUGGAGGGAGGAUGGGGGUAUACGCCCCCCCUAACCCCCCCUCCCCGAUUUUAUCAUUGAAUCUAUUCUAGUUCACAUGGAGUCAUUCUAGCCAAGUGACCGAUUUCAUCUUUAACAUGACUUUUAAAAAAUAAGGAAAAAAAAUAUAUUUAAAACAUUUUCUUGAAUAAAUUUUUACAACUAUUUAAAACAUUUUCUGGAAAAAAAAUUUACAAGCUAAAAAUGAAAAUAUAGAUAUUUAAAAACAUUUUCUGAUUUUUUUUUUUUUACAAUCUAAAACGUAGUUUGUUUUUUUAAGGUGAAAAAACUUUUACAGCUAUUUAAAACAUUUUCUGGAAAAAAAAUUUACAAGCUAAAAAUGAAAGUAAAGGUAUUUAAAAACAUUUUCUGAUUUUUUUUUUUUUUUACAAUCUAAAACGUAGCUUUUUUUUGUGGGGUGUAAUACCUGGUCAUUUUGUCAUUGUUGCUGGCUUGGCUUGACUUGCAUUCGUAGUCCAUUCCUUUUUAUUGUUUGAAAAAACUAUUGUGAAAUAUUUAUAGGCCGUUUUUUUUACAAGGAAUUUUUUUUAUUAAACUUCCUUAACUUAUAUAUAUAUAUACGUUCAUUUUUUGGUUUCUAGUCUAUUUUUCAUAUUGUCCUUUUAAAAUGUUGAAAGUUAUGAUGAUUAUUGAUAAUUAUUAUUACUGUCAUUAUUGUUCCCCAUUUUUUGUCAUUAUACCCUGAAUUCACAAAUCCCUCAUUGUAUAGAUGAAAUAGAUGUAUGAUGUAUAUUUUUACGUUUUUUGUAUGUUUCUACAUGUCCAGAAUAAUGCGUAAGACGAAUGUUAUUUAUAUCAGUAAAAAGUAUUUGUAUAAAAAUCGA